AUGGAUGAUGCCACGACUGUCGGUCACGAGUGUCACGUGGAGAUAAACACGCUGAACAUCCCGUACGGCUUCAACUACUUGAGUCCGCAUGAUGAUGUGGUGGUGACGCCGAGCAGUUUACGCUCGCUUUUCUCGCUCUUCGCCUGUAUCAGACACGCGCAAGCCUGUACCUUAACCGGUCCGGCAGAAAGUGGGAAGCGGACAUUGAGUACGCAGGUGAGCUUGAUACUGGGGCGACGCAACUUCAGCGCGACGUUGACGACGUACACCCACGCCACGCGGCUGCUGAUCGGAGCGCUGUAUGCUGGAGGAACCUUCUGCGCUAAGCUGCACCUCGGUGACAGUAUAAGGGACAGUGCACCAUUGAUCAAGACGUUGGCGACUACGCUGGCGUCGAUUGAGCACGCAGUGCUGACCAAGAAUCCGAUUGUGGGGCUUCAUCGCUCUCCGAUUACAUUUGUCCCGGGGACGGCGAUGCUGGUGGUUUUUCCUUCAAGUACGGGCUUGACGAUGGCAGAUUCGGAGGAAAUUCGCAUCUGGACGGAGCCUUUGAGUCGAUUUGCGAUCGUU